AUGGAACAAGUCAAGGCUCUGAACGCGCUCGAGCCCUUCGUGGCUCUUAGCAAGUCGGCCGCGUCUCCCCGCGUCGCAGCCGACCUGGUCAUGCAGGCGACUUCAGCUCCGAAUACUUUCAUCUUCACCGAGCUCCUAGAAACACCCCAGAUCCAAGCUCUUUCCAAGUCCGAGGAGUUCGCUUCCUACCUGAACCUCCUACAAAUUUUCAGCUACGGUACCUACGCAGACUACAAGUCUUCUCCCGGUCUGCCCGAGCUCAACGAAGCCCAGCGCCUAAAGCUCCGCCAGCUCUCCCUACUCACCCUUGCCCGCAAGGACGCCGGCGCGGGUUCCCCCGCCUUGACAUAUGCGGCCCUGCAGGAGGCCCUCGAUCUCCCCACCCGCCAGGCCCUGGAAGAGCUCGUCAUCAGCGCCGUAUAUGCGGGCCUGAUCAAGGCGCAGCUCAACCCAAAGGAAUCAGUCGUGCAGAUCAACAGCGUCGCCCCGCUGCGCGACGUCGCCCCCACUGCCGUUGACAGCCUGCUUGCCAGCCUGCAGGCCUGGUCUGACCGUUGCGACGACACGCUCGCUAAGCUCGAGCGGGAGAUGCAGCGCGUUCGGGAUAACGCUAACAAACGCGCAGCCAGAGAGGCGGCCCGCGCCGAGGAGACCAAGAAGCUCAUAGAGGCUGAGCAGAAUGGUGAGGAUGCCCCGAGGCUGCCCCCUCUUUUUUUCGAGAAGAAGUAUACCAAGGCGAUCACCGUUCCCGGUCCCGCUACGGCUGCGAUUGCGAGUGCAGCAUCCUCUGCGGCCGGGCCCUCUUCUACUCCUGCUGUGGCAAGCCCCUCUACUAUGUUCCCCGGCCCCAACCCCAUGGAACUUCCCAUCCGCACUAAGCCAGGUACUGCCCCUGCCGACGGCGACGAGGCAAGCGCCUUGUCCGAUAAGGGCCCUUCUUCCAAGUGGACGAAGGUCCUGGCCAUCUUCAAGCUCAAGGGCAAGGUCAAGGCCAAGGAUGGCAGCCCGCUGCCUGAGGACGAUGACGAUGCCAACACUGACAACAAGGUGAACUCAACACAUCCAUCAAGACGCCCAGCUCAUACCACUGUUUCAAUUACCUAG